AUGGCCUUGCAGUGCUGGGCAGGGGAUGGGAGUCAGGUUAGGCAAGGCUAUGCCGAGGUCACGCACGGCCCCCAGGUGGCGCCCCCCAAGGCCAGGGGCCUGCUGUGUUCACCCCCUUCUUUACUCCUUUUCAUGUCCUGGCUCUUAAAGGUAAUUGAGACUGGAAAGCUUGGGGUGUUUCUCCCUAAGUGUGAUGCUGGGUGUUGCUUUAAGAGCCACAGCGGUGGCGGUGGUGACCCUUUCUCCCCCCAGAACUGUUUCAACAAACAGCAGCUCCUCACGGCCAUCCGCCAGCUGCAGCAGGUGCUGAAGGGCCAGGAGGCCCGCUUCGCCGAGGGCAUCCGCAACAUGAAGAGCCGGCUGGCGGCACUGCACAACUCCGUGAACAGAGUGGGCCCAGACGCCCCCCCAGUGUCCUGCCCUGCUCUGAAUGCCCCCCCGGAUGGCAUAAAGUUUGGAAGCAAGUACUUAGUGGAUCACGAAGUCCAUUUUACCUGCAACCCUGGGUUCCGGCUGGUUGGGCCCAGCAGCGUGGUGUGUCUUCCCAAUGGCACCUGGACGGGGGAGCAGCCCCACUGUAGAGACAUCAGCGAAUGCUCCAGCCAGCCUUGUCAGAAUGGGGGGACCUGUGUAGAAGGCGUCACCCAGUACAAGUGCGUCUGUCCUCCGGGGAGGACUGGCAGCCGCUGUCAGCACCAGGCCCAGACAGCGGCCCCCGACGGCAGCGUGGCCGGCGACCCCGCCUUCAGCCGCGCGCCGCGCUGUGCGCAGGUGGAGCGGACGCAGCACUGCAGCUGCGAGGCGGGAUUCCACCUGAGCGGCAGCGCCGCGGGCGACAGCGUCUGCCAGGAUGUGAAUGAAUGUGAGCUCUACGGGCAGGAGGGACGCCCCCGGCUCUGCAUGCACACCUGCAUCAACACCCCAGGUUCCUACCGCUGUGCCUGCCCCAGCGGGUACCGGACGCUGGCUGAUGGGAAGAGCUGUGAGGAUGUCGAUGAGUGUGUGAGCCCGCAACUCGUGUGUCCCCAGGGGACCAUGUGCAUCAACACCGGUGGAGGCUUCCAGUGCGUCAGCCCGGAGUGCCCCGAGGGCAGCGGCAACGUGAGCUAUGUGAAGACCUCUCCAUUCCAGUGUGAGCGAAACCCCUGCCCCAUGGACAGCCGACCCUGCCGCCACUUGCCCAAGACCAUCUCCUUCCAUUACCUUUCCCUGCCCUCCAACCUGAAGACGCCCAUCACGCUCUUCCGCAUGGCCACAGCCUCAGCCCCCGGCCGACCUGGACCCAACAGCCUGCGCUUUGGGAUCGUGGGUGGGAACAGCCGGGGCCACUUUGUGAUGCAGCGCUCAGACCGGCAGACAGGGGAGCUGAUCCUUGUCCAGACCCUGGAGGGGCCUCAGACACUAGAGGUGGAUGUCGACAUGUCGGAAUACCUGGACCGCUCCUUCCAAGCCAACCACGUGUCCAAGGUCACCAUCUUUGUGUCCCCUUAUGACUUCUAAGGCAGCCAGGGGGCGGGGUUACCUGCGCUGAGGAGAUCUGGGCUCAUUUAGCUUCCUCGGAGAUCUGGCUGUGGGCCCUGACUGUGACAGUUCUCUCUCCCCAGCCUGCCUUGUCCUUGCCCACCCGCCCGCCUGCCCGCGCCCCCAGGUUUCUAGGGCAAUGCUGCACACU